AUGACGACGGCGAUGACUUGUACGAGACUGACGAUUUAUACGGUGGCCGGAAUAUUCCUUCAGGUCAUCGGAUUAUCAAUAUUCGUCUUCGGUUUCUUCCCCGUCAAGCCGACUCUCUCUGGUGUCAGUGAUUUAGAGAGCUAUCGAGAUCCUUUCUGUGAUUCUGCUCCCAAUCCGAACGAAUCGGAGCUUCAUCCUGAGAAACUGAGAUUGCUCUACCAGGAGUUAUCUGGCAUCUCUUCUAAGUAUGAUCGACUGAUUUUGAUGGUUAUUGAUGGCCUUCCCGCGGAGUUUGUUCUAGGGAAAGAUGGUCAACCUCCAAGGAAAGCAUGGAAGGAGUCUAUGCCUUAUACUCAGUCACUGUUGGCUAAUGGAGAUGCAAUUGGUUACCAUGCUAAAGCAGCUCCUCCCACUGUUACAAUGCCGAGGUUGAAGGCAAUGGUUUCUGGUGCAAUUGGUGGUUUCUUGGAUGUGGCUUUCAAUUUUAACACGCAAGCUCUCUUAGAUGACAACCUUCUUGGUCAGUUUUUUAGGAUUGGUUGGAAGAUGGUGAUGCACGGCGAUGAGACAUGGCUCAAGUUAUUCCCAGGGCUAUUUAUGAGACAUGACAGUGUUAGCAGUUUCUUUGUCAAAGAUACAGUACAGGUAGACAGAAAUGUGUCCCGACACUUGCCAAAUGAGCUUAAUAAUGAUGACUGGAAUCUCUUGAUCCUUCAUUACCUUGGUCUGGACCAUGUUGGACAUACUGGCGGCCGUAACAGCCCCUUGAUGGCUUCAAAACUUAAAGAAAUGGAUGACGUAGUUAGAACAAUGCAUUUAAAAGCCACCAUGGAUCAUAGCCAAGAUGAAGGACAGACUCUUUUGAUAAUAGUCAGUGAUCAUGGCAUGACUGAGAGUGGAAAUCACGGAGGAUCGUCAUAUGAAGAAACUGACUCCUUAAUGCUCUUUAUUGGCUUGGGUAGCAAUAUUUCUGACUAUGCUGCAGCUACCAAUAAUGUAGCUUUCCAGGUAGAUUUGGCGCCAACUUUAGCUAUUCUAUUUGGUGUGCCGAUCCCAAAAAAUAAUGUUGGAGUCCUUGUCCCAGGAACACUCGAUUCUUUAAGAGAUUAUGAGCAACUACGGGCACUAGAACUGAAUUCCUGGCAGUUACUUAGACUAAUGCAAGCACAGCUACCGAGCUCCUUGUUUGGAGGCUUUUCCUGCAAUUGCUUCCUUUACGGAGCUUGUGAGGGUCUUGGUUCGGAUAUUAAUGAGUGCUUUGGGGAUAAAGAGAAACAACUUAUUUGCUUGUUUAAAAACGCUGCUGUUCUCCAUAGCAUUUGGAAGUCCAAGAAAUUGAUAGAGUCUUCUAGUUCCAUGGAAGAUUUCAGCAGAGCUUUAGAUGCAUAUAACGCCUUCUUGAAAACUGCAAGUGAGUGGUUAGCAAGCAAAACCACUGAAAAACCAGUGCUCUUACUCGGUCUUGGAGUUAGUGCCAUACUUCUCUCAUGCGUCGUCUGUGUCACUCUCUUUCUGUCCUUAUUCAAAGAGGUUUACCAUGAGCCCAAGGAUCGAGUCUGCAGAGGGAGUCAUCUGUUGAAUUCUGAAGACGUGUUCGUUUUGGCAGUUCCUUUGAUAUUUGUUAUAAGUAUGGGAUCUAGUUCGAUGGUGGAAGAAGAGCAUUACAUAUGGCAUUUCAUGGUCGCGACAUUCUAUCUUCUAUUACUCUUCAAGACAGCAAAGUCAUUCGAUUUCUCCAAGGGAAUGAACAUACUCAGAGACUAUAAACUCGGUUCCAUCUUCUCGCUUCUUAUUUCCGGUAGACUACUGAAAGGUUGGCAUCAAGGAGGCGUGAACUGGACUUACCUUCCUGAUAUUUCCAAGUGGCUAGAGCAAGUUGGCAGUGGUUAUGUGAAACGGAUCCAGCUCAUCUCGAGCUUCAUCGUUAUCAGCCUCGGGCUAUUUACUCUCUUUCGAACAAGAUCAAAGAGAAAAAUUGUCUGCGUCCUAGCUUUUGGUUUCACAACAUGUGGAUUCCUAAUUCUGCUGCAUGCCUGGAGAUAUCAAGAUGAUAUGUUUGAAGUGUCAACCGUAACAGCAAAGCUUAUCUAUCUGCUUCUUUCUAUAUCCGCCAUUGGAGCUGCUUUGGCUUUGCCAUGGUCUAUGCUAAACAAAGACAAGUGCUUUCUAGCUGAAGCAGGUGAUUGCUUGUAUCUGAUUGGCUCUGCGUACACACUAUCCUGGUGUCUUCUACAGCUACUUCUCCAACAACCGAUCAACUCGGUGCCCAUACUUUUGCUGCUCAUCCAAAUCUUAGCAAUCUCAGGUCUUUCCUCUAAAGAUUCGCAGGUCAACGAAUGGGUUAAGAUUGCUGCACUCUACUACAUGGGAAUGGCAGGUCACUUUGCUCUUGGAAACAGCAAUACUUUAGCUACCAUUGAUGUUGCCGGAGCUUUUAUCGGAAUCUCUAGUCAUUCUACAAUACUCUCUGGGAUCUUGAUGUUCAUGAUCACCUAUGCAUCUCCCAUGCUGUUCCUAUUAUCACUUGUCAUGCACAUUGGUGCUUAUCUUAGAAACCACUCGCACUCAACGAUAUCAGCUCAUCGAGACACAAACCUAGGGGAAGCUUUGAAGCUCAGGCUCGGGUUCCCUUGUCUCGUUCCGCUCUGCAUCAAUUCAAUACUCUUGACAGCUUACACUGUGGUCUUGCUACUCAUGAGAAACCAUCUCUUUGUGUGGAGCGUCUUCUCUCCCAAGUACCUAUAUGUGUGUGCAACAACUCUUUGCACAUACAUUGGAGUAUUUGUUGUCGCUGUGACUCCUAAAAGAUUCAUCUUUCUGCUCUUUCUUGUCAUUCACGCCAUUAGCUUUUUGGAGACUACUUUGAUCGGAAACGGUACGUGUCUUGGCGACGGAGCAGCACUCAUUGUGACAGAACCAGCAAACACUUGUCGCUCUUGGUUCUGCGGCGGUGAUGCAGUCCUGAUGGUGCUCGGAGAUUGA